UACGGUUUGAAGUGAUCUUGUAUUCGUCGAAUCAAAAACACAGACCACGUACAUUAUGAGUCCGCUGGUGGUGUUGUUCGCAGUAGUGUCGGCGGCGUGCGGCUCGCUGAUCCCGGCGCAGCCGCCGCACCACCCCGCGCUGGUGCUGGACCCGCACGGCCGCCCGCUGGACACCGCAGAGGUCAUCAACGCGCGCGCCCUGCACCUGCAGGCCAAGCACCUGGAGGGCUCCUAUGCCCACGCCGCUCCCCUGGCCCUCGCCCACGCCGCUCCUCUGGCCCUCGCCCACGCCGCUCCCCUCGCCAUUGCGCACGCCGCGCCCGCCGCCGCCGUGAGCCACCAGUCCCGCAUCGACGUGCACUCGAGCCCCGCUGUGGUCGCGCACGCCGCCAUCGCCGCCCCCGUGCUGGCUCACUCCGCCCUCGGCCACUCACACUGGCUGCACAAGCGCUCCUUGGGACAUCUGGCGUACGCCGCUCCCGUGGUCGCCCACGUCGCCCCCUCUGCGGUCUCCCACCAGUCCCGCGUGGAUGUCAUCUCUAAGCCCGCCAUCGUGUCCCACGCCGUGGCAGCCCCCGUGCUUGCUCACGCCGUAGCCGCUCCCGUGGUCGCGCACGUCGCCCCCGCCGCCGUGAGCCACCAGUCCCGCGUGGAUGUGCGCACCAGCCACCCCGUCGUGUCGCACGCCGUGGUCGCCGCCCCCGUUGUCGCCGCGCACUCUGCCUGGGCUACACCCGCGCACUCUGCCUGGGCCGCUCCUGCUAUCUCCUCCUGGGGUCACUCCGCCUACGGUGCUCAUGGUCUUGGACACUUGUUGAAGAAACGUUCCUUGGCGCUGGCUCAUAUCCUUCCCUCUGCCGUGUCUCACCAGUCUCGUGUUGAUGUGAUCUCCAGCCACGCUGCCCCCUUGGCUGUCGCCCACGCUGCUCCUCUGGCCGUGGCUCACGCCGCUCCCCUGGCCGUGGCUCACGCCGCUCCCCUGGCCGUGGCUCACGCCGCUCCCCUGGCCGUGGCUCACGCCGUCCCCGCCGCCGUGUCGCACCAGUCCCGCGUGGACGUGAUCUCCUCCCCCGCUCACAUCGCUCCCCUCGCUCACUCUGCCGUGUGGACCGCCCCGGCCUCGCAUUGGUCGCAUUCCCCCCUCGCUCUGGCUGGACACUGGUAAAGCGAACAUUCGAUUCGACGUAACAUGUAGUUUUCGUUUUAUAUUCAAUAAAAUGAAUAGACAAUUAAAUUAUUUAAAACACA